CGUGAAAGAAGCUGAACCGCUUUCAGGACAGAGUCUACAAAUCUCUGUGAUAUGAAAUCUGUGACUGCGAUGUGCGUACAAGGCUGUGUCAGUGGAAUUUUGUAGUGAUGUGGAACUUUGUUUUAGUGAAAAUAUGACGAAAAUAUAUUUAUUAACGAAUAUAGUUAUAGUAUCAGCAAUAAUUGCUAUUUGUGCAAUAACACGGUGCGAUGGAGUUAUUUCAGAUAAACGGUUAUGUUACGAUGAGAAGUGCAAUGAACCUGUCUCCUUGGCUCGGACUUUACUUCGUUACAACAGCAUCGAACCGUUGAUGCUUUCUUUCCCAGCCAAUGUAGAGGUCAGAAUCUACAGUAAGGAAGCUGGUAGUCGACGAGACGUAUGGGGUGCCGAGAUACACGGUAAGCGUGGUUACUUACCAAAACACAUGGUACGGGAACAGAAAAUUUUGAAAACCAAUUUGACUUAUGAAGUGCCUACCGAACUCUUUCAACAAGAAGUUAGUGCAACCGAUCAAACUAAAGUAGAUGUUCAGCAACAAGACGUUGGUACCGAUCAUCAAUUUCAAGGAAAUGGUUCACAGCAAGAAGUUACUACGACUGAUGAAACUAAAGUAGAUGUUCCGCAACAAGAAGUUAGUACCAAUGAUCAAUUUCAAGGAAAUGGUUUGCAACAAGAAGUUACUACGACUGAUGAAACUAAAGUAGAUAUUCCACAACAAGAAGUUAGUACCAAUGAUCAAUUUCCCAGAAAUGAUGUACAACAAGAAGCUGGUACCAAUGAUCAAUUUCAAGGAAAUGUUCCACAGCAAGAAGUUGUUACUACAGAUGAAAGUACAGUAGAUGUUCCGCAACAAGAAGUUAGUGCAAGUCAGGAUACUAAAAUAAAUGUUCCUAGUUCUGCUGAUGAAUUGCAAGUCUCAAAUAAUGUUGAAAAUGUAGAAAUUGAAGCAAAUGGAGCUGUGAAUAAAUUAGAAACCUCAAGUGAUGCAGGAAAUGUAAAAUUUGUUCAAAGUCAGGAAGGGUUUAUCCCCACGGCUAAUUUUUUCCAUGCACUUGGAGUAGAAGCUGAUCAAGAAAAAUCAGAGCAAGUGUUGGAGGACAUACAAAGUGCAACUCCAUCCUAUGAGGUUAUAGAUGGAACUAAAAUUCCAUUGAUAGCUGACCCAGUAUUAAUUAAACCCAGCUAUCCA